AUGGUUCUCAAAGCAAAGGGACUUCGUGGACUUUUGCUUGCUUGGAACCUGUUUGUUGGGCAGGCCAAGCUAUGGGACAAGAUCGAGACUGAAUCCGCACCACCGGGACGAUUUUUGCAUUCAAUGGUCCUUCAUGCACGGCGCAUAUGGAUCUUUGGUGGGGCGGCGGGAAGCGGCAAGGGCCCCAACGACGGGCCCUUCAAUGAUUUGCAGUGCUUCGACAUGGCGUCCGAGAAAUGGAUCCAAGUCGCUGCAGAGCAGACCCCUGCCGAGCGCGCUGGGCAUGUGGCCAUCGUGGACGGCUUUGGGCGUAUGUGGAUCCAUGGAGGUACUCACAGCAAAAAUGUUCCGCCCGCAGACCAGUUAGACUUUAUUGAGCUGGACGCCAUUGACCUUUCAGCCAAGACGGGCCGCAGCUGGACCCCAGUUCAACCUGCUGGCACCCCGCCAGCCGCCCGUACCAUGCACAGCGCCGUCACGGAUGGCUUUGGUGGCAUGUGGAUCUUCGGAGGAUUGCGGGUCGGUCCGAGCACAUCACCGAGUGAGGCAAUAUUCAACGAUGUGCAGUAUUUUGAUUUCGAGGGCAAGAACUGGACCCAGAUCGAGUGCGCAGGGGAUUUGCCGACGAAACGCUUCGGGCACAGCGCUGUGCUGACCUCUUUGAAACACAUGUGGAUCUUCGGCGGUCAAGGUGAACCUGAUAACUUUGAGGCGUUGGCCUACUUGAACUUGGUGACCCAAAGCUGGUUUCGUGUCACGAGCAAGGGCACGGCCCCACCAUCCUUGCUUGCACACGCUUCAGUCUUGGACGCGCGCGGCCGCAUGUGGGUGCUGGGAGGCCAAGCCAGCCCUGAUCAGGCGAAUGGCAAAGUGUAUUAUCUCGACACCUCGCUUAUGCAGAAUACAGAAUGGAAGAUGCUCGAGGAGUUUGGCUCCGCGCCCCUCCCACGUAUCGGCGGCCGUGCUGUCAUCGAGACGAGCGGCAAGCUCUGGGGCUUCGGCGGCACGCUCGGGCCGCCUCGUGAUGGUACCUUUCCGAAGGACCUCUAUUGGUUGGAUACUACUGGACCGGCGCCGACCACAGCCACGAGCACUACGACCCGACACCCGAAAGAUCCCAACCCCAACAGCGGUGGCAGCACGAUUCUAGUGAUUGUGCUGCUGCUGGUCGCUGCAGCUCUCAUCGGGGGUGGAGUGUUCUUCUUCCGUCGACGUCGUGACAUGAGGCUGAUGCAGGACAUUGGAGAGCCACGACAGGUUGAGCUGGGUGAAGCUCGCGCCUAG